CGUGUGUGGUGUUGGAGAAGGACAUGGAAAAGCGGUAAGGACUAGGAUACAACGGUGAUUCGGUGGGGCAGAAGGGGUAAAUGGGAAGGGGUAGUCCGGUGUAUAAAAUGGAGAGAGGAAGAGGACGGCGGCGUGUCUGACCGUUCCCGAUAAGCUCGGCCAUUGCUCGAAUGGGAACACCUAGGGUUUCGAUCCACGAGCCCUCUCGCGAAUUCCUUUCCUCCCCAUCUUUUUCUCGGACGGAUUAAGCUAGGAUUUCUCCCUAAGAGAAAUAUUUAUUCUCCAAUCUGCUGCUUUUCUCACAGGAUCCUCCUCCUCUUGGUGCUACGACUGGUUUUGCUUCUGUUCUUUCACCGUCACCAUCGCUCUCAUUGUGGGCCGACGAGACUGGAAGAGAGGAAGAGAUCAAGGUCCGGUUUUGGCGCCUGUCCGAAAAGGGCGUAGCGGCAUCGGUGAGGGAUUUGCUUUAGUUUCAUUCGGAAGAGAUGAAUGGCAGGGCGGGAAGGCGGGGUGGAAGGAGCAGUGUGGCGCUUCGAUCUCGACGAGAAUUGGAGGAAUGCAGGUCGAUCCGGGCUUCCUCUUUGAAUCUGGAGUGAAGGAGCGUCUUUGCGGGUGGGUUUCUUUGGUUCUUGAAGAUUGAGUGGGUAGAUCUGAGAGGUCUCGAGAAGUGGAGGCAUUAAAUCGACGCAAGACGUUGCUGCGGUACGUAGCUGCUGCUUUCAGAUGUCAGUGCUGAUUUCUGGCGGCCUGACGAGCUAGCGCGAGCAGCAGGAAGAAAGAAAGAGAGAGAUAAGGAAGCCUAGUCCAGCUCUCGUCGCUGAUGACCGAAAAAGCAAAGACUACUGGCUGACUUGUCCGGCCACCAACGCAGUCCAAAGAAACCCUAAGCCCCAGACCUGACAUAGUUCCGCUCAGUCGCGCCCGCCACCACCACCACCACCCCUUCCCAGAAAGGCGAACGAUCGGGAGGUGGAGAUACGAAAGAAGUGGGCGAUAAGGCGAUAAAGAUCCGAUCUUAUGCCCCGCCCAGGAGAGGCAUGAGAACAAGAUGGAAUUGGAGGAGAGCAACCACGCUUCCAAGCGUUUCCGGGUGGUGGGCAACGGCAGUCAGACGGCCAAGAUAGGGCGUAAGGAGCACCGGGAGGAUGACGAGGAGGGCAGAGAGAGAAAGGGCAGAGGAGGAGAUGACGCCAACGGCACCGCUCCCUGGGAGCAUCACCUGUCGUCAAGGAUCUUCCGCGUCUCACGUGCCUCCGGCGGCAAGGACCGGCACAGCAAGGUGCACACUGCGAGGGGCGUCCGCGACCGGAGAGUCCGCCUCUCCGUCUCCACGGCCAUCCAGUUCUAUGACCUCCAGGACCGCCUUGGCUAUGACCAGCCAAGCAAGGCUAUCGAGUGGCUCAUCAAAGCUGCAGCUGCGGCCAUUAGCGAGCUCCCUCCUCUCGACGGCUUCCCCAAGCCGCCAUAUCCUAACAUGGUUGAGACGAUGAAGGCCAAUCCAGAUACUGAGUCGAGCUACAAUCAGCAGCAGCAGCAUAUGUCGACCAAGUCCGGCUGCAGUAGCACCUCGGAAACCAGCAAGGGCUCAGUUUUGUCGCUCUCACGGUCGGAAAGCCGCAUCAAGGCCAGAGAACGAGCACGAGAACGAGCGGCAAAGGAUAAGUCGAAGGAUAGGGACGACGGUGGCCAUCAUGUGGUCUCCCAUCACCAGAACCUGAACCACAGCCUGAACCCUCAGACCUCUUUCACGGAGCUUCUCACUGGAAGCGGCGGCGGCGGCGGUGACGUCAGCAACAAUGCCAACGCAACCACUGUUGCUGCAGGCGCGGAGAACACCGUCCGCAAUUGCAUUCAGAAGCAGAUCCCCACGGCGGACUACUUCGUCCAAGCUGGUCUCUUUACACAGCCGCAAGAGAGUCAUCAGCAUCCGCCGACUUUUUCCUCACAAUCCCACUUUGGAAACAGCUCUCCGAUGGGCAUGCUGCCAUUCAACAUUGCAACCACCGGCGACCAUCCGGAGAUGCAGCAAUUAUUCUUGCAGGAUAAUCUCUUCCCCAUCUCGGCAGUGGCAGCGACAGGGGACUACAAUCUCAGCUUCUCAAUUUCUUCGGGUCUUGCAGGUUUCAGUAGGGGGACCCUUCAGUCCAAUUCAUCAGCUCAGCUGCCUCAGCAGCACCACCACAAUCACAACCACCUACCGAGGCUCUCUUCUACGGUUGACGGAUCGAACCUGCAGUUCUUCGGUGCUGCCGCUGGUUCGGCUAGAGCCGGCGCCGGCGCAGAGAAUCAGUAUCCGGCGGUGUGCGAUGGCCGCCUGCAGCUCUGCUACGGAGGGGAUGGCUAUCGGCAUUCAGACCUGAAGGGGAAAGGGAAGAGCUGAAAUCACCAGAAAAAUGCUGCAUUUUUGUGCAUACUCCAUUGCUGGGAUUAAAAAGGACUGCAAAUGAUGGCAAACACGCAGCUUUCCUGGUUAGCACCCGCAAUGCAACAUUGUUUUCAGGUGAUGUCUGUGGUGGCAACUGUUGUCACCACCAGCAUUAUUUAGUUCUUUGUGUUCUUGAGUUGCGUUGAUAUAUGCUGUAUCAGACGCUUGCCUCUUUGUAUGGUUGGAGUCACAAAUCCUUCCUGUUGUAAUGGUGACGAACAGUCCUUCCUGUAUUGCUUCCUUGUGGAUACGACAUCACGUAAGAAGAUGAUGACCACGCACGGCAACUGUUUGAUGUAUUGCGGAUUAGACUCUGAUCUGUUGAUUGAAAUAAGAUGUGCAAAUUAUACUUCA